AUGGAGAGACAGACUGCUCAGAUGUUUGAGGGCCUUGUGCCUAAGAAUACAGACCCCGAGGAAGCAGCUGUGCAAGCCGAGCCACUGCAGAUCACGCUCGACCCUGAAGAGAUCCCUACAAACUGGCCAGCUCGUAAGAAGUGGUCUUCGACCAUGGUCGUGGUGUUCAUGACGGCCACCGUGACCUUCUGCUCCAGUGUCCACACUGCGGCGAUUGCAGGCGUCGCCGCGUCCUACCAGUGCUCCAAGACCGUAGCAACGUUAGGAGUAACAACCUUCCUGCUCGGAUUCGCCACGGGGCCGUUGCUGUUCGCACCGCUUUCCGAGGUGUGGGGGAGAAGCUUGGUGUUCCGCAUCACGUUCUUGCUGUUCUUCUGUUUCAACAUCGGCUGUGCAACGGCGCCCAACAUCUCGGCUCUUCUGGUGCUGCGUUUCUUGGCUGGCUUCUUUGGAUCGCCGACGGUAACGAACAGUGGAGGCUCGCUUGCUGACAUCUGGCCGCAAAGCCAACGCUCGGUGCCAUUUGCCCUCUUUAUCACGGGAAGCUCACUCGGACCGGUCGUUGCCCCGAUAGUGGGAGGUUUCAUCUCACAGCAUUUAGUAUGGAGGUGGAAUUAUGGGGUAGUGAGCAUCCUAGCUGGAAUAGUCUAUGUGGCCAUGUUACUCCUGCUUCCAGAGACAUAUGUCGUGGUCUUACUUCAGCAGAAGAAGGUGAAGACCGGAUUCCGGCCAGCGUGCCAAUCGUUCAAGGAGCAGUACGCGACCAACCUUACACGACCAUGGCUGAUGCUCUUCACGGAGCCCAUCCUAUUCACUCUCGGCCUGUAUUCGGCGUUCGUCUGGGGUAUCUUGUACCUCGACUUUACGGCGUACCCGGUGGUGUUUCAACAGUCUCGGCAAUGGAGUCAGGGUAUCGCGGGUCUGUCAUUCCUCGGGAUCGGACUAGGGAUGGCCAUUGCCACUGCAAGCUCGCCGUGGAUCAAUGACAUCCACGCUGCUUUCGUGAAGAAACUCGGAGGGCCAAAGCCCGAAGCCCGCCUGCCGCACCUCAUUGUCCUCGCGUGGCUGAUCCCCGUUGCUCUCUUCUGGUUCGGAUGGACGGCGAACCCGCCCACGCACUGGGCCGCGCCCAUUGCGGCGGGCACACCGUUCGGCAUUGGCUUCGUGACGCUGUUCCUGGGGACCAAUGCCUAUCUCACAGAUUGCUACGGCCGCUUCUCGGCGAGUGCGCUUGCGGCGAACGCGGUGCUGAGGUCGCUGUUCAGCGCCGGAUUCCCGUUGUUCGCGGCGCAGAUGUAUGUGAGGUUAGGGACGCCGUGGGCGAGUAGUCUGUUGGGGUUCAUAGCCUUGGCAAUGGCGCCGGUCCCAUGGGCGCUCUACACGUACGGGCCGUGGCUUCGCUCCAAGUCAAAGUAUCACUUGUGGACGGUGGAGUUGGAAGAAAAUAGCAAGGGUAGUAUGUGA